UGAAACGCAGUUAUAUGAUUUACUGUUCAAAUUAACAGAUAAGAAAUAAGGCAAUGGUUUUCAAGAUUUACAUUAUUAUCACAACUGGUUAAUUGCAUGAACGUUAUCGUUUAUGCUAAUACUCACUUGCAUUGCGAAUUAUUUUAAUGCUACCUAUCUUAUCUUCAGUUGUAAUUUUCUGUUAAACAUUGGUGAUAAUUUAAGGAAUUUUACAAUAGGAAAUUAAUUGAUAAUUUAAUCUGGAACACAACAAUUUGAAUGAAAACAAAAUCUUGAAAACAUUCGACAGUAAAAAAACAACAACAACAAUAAUAUAUUCAUAAAUUAUGGUACUAUAGGUAAUUAAGUCCAGUUAAUAAUAAUUAACAUUCAAAUUUCGUCUAGUUAUCAGCCCUCAUAGUAAAAAAACACACUUUAGGUACGAAUUAGUCUUUCGAUACCCACAACUUCCGCAACGAUAACUCUUCGAAUAUAAACGCGAAACAAUUCACGUACGUAAACAUUUCAAUUCCGUUGGCCGAAGAGUAAAAUGCGUACUGUUGUUUUGGCUUGUGCGGCGAUUGCGUUGGUCCGAAGCAAUGGUGUCUACGAGAUAAACGCCAGAAACGGGAACAGGAAGGUUUACUGGAACGUGCCCACGUUCCAGUGCGACCCGCACGGUCUGAACUUCACCACGUUGGCCAAAAAGUACGGCAUAACGCAGAACCGAGGCGACCGUUUUCGUGGCGAGCACUUCGCCAUACUCUACGACCCCGGCGAUUUUCCCGCCCUCUUGGAGAAACACGGCGAGCUGGUGAGGAGGAACGGGGGAAUCCCGCAGCUGGGCAACCUGACGCUACAUCUGCAGCUCUUCGGGAAGAUCGUGGAGAAGUUGAUACCUGAGGAAACGUUCUCUGGACUGGGUGUGAUAGAUUUCGAGAGUUGGCGUCCCAUUUUCAGGCAAAAUUUCGGCGCCCUUAAGCCGUACAAGGACCUAUCCAUUAAACAUGUAAAGCAAAUGCAUCCGUUUUGGCCGGAGCAGUGGGUGGAAAAGGAGGCGAGGCAGCAAUUCGAAGACAAGGCCAAGUUGUUCAUGAGGGACACCUUAAUUUUGGCUAAGUCUUUGAGACCUAAGGCAACCUGGGGUUACUAUGCUUAUCCGUAUUGCUUUAACAUGAAUCCCAACACCCAAAAUGCGAACUGUCCUAAGGAAGUUGAGCCGGAAAACAACCAGUUGAAGUGGUUCUUUGAACUGGAGGACGCAUUUUACCCUUCCGUUUAUUUGAGUAGUAAACUGACAGCUGGUAAUAAGGUACAAUUAAUUGAAGGGCGGAUAAAAGAGGCCAACAGAGUUAAAAAAUUUAUACGAAAAGACAAGGAAAUAUAUCUGUAUUAUUGGUAUAAAUAUCACGACACAAAGGAAUUCUUGACCAAAGAGGACGUUUUUAAUACGAUAACAGCCUUAGGUGCUUCUAACAUCAAUGGCUUAAUACUAUGGGGCAGCAGUGGUGAUGUUAACAGCAAACAAGCUUGUUUAAACUUGUACAAAUACGUGGAUAAAAUUUUAGGACCAAUUCUAGUCAAUUUUAUGUAAUUUAUUUAAAUAAAAAAAUAAAAAUCAAUCAUAAAACAA